AUGGCCGGCGCGCUCCCCGACAGCGGAUCCAGGGAGGUCUCGUCCUUCGUCGAGACCAACGCGUCCGCGGCCAACGCGACCGCCGCGACGUACCUCGCCGCGGGGGGCUUCCGAGCAUGCACCGUCCUCACCUCCGGCGCCGCGCUCUGCUCGGGCACGGACGACGUCGGCGCAGCGGCGAACGGCUCUACCGCCGGCGCGCUGCCAAGGGACCUCUUCGGGUACGGCCUGGCCGUCGGCGACUCCCACGCAUGUGCGCUCCGGCGGCCCAACCACACCGCGGUGUGCUAG